GCGGGUAGUUACACUCCAGUUCAGUAGGUGGCGAUGAGCAUAUUUAGUUAAGCUGAAUCGCAAUCGAAGAAAUAGUAAAGAAGUCGUUCGUGGGGGACUGUAAAUUUGUUCAAACCCAGAGGCAUUUGUUCUUCCAGAAGAGAGUCGUUCUGGGAAGGAGGAUAUCCUUACCGGAGAAGAUCAACCAUGGCAGGACAUGAUGCUGGAACUCAACACCAGUUUACUGGUUUUGCAAAACACUUCAACAGCUACACUAUUACAGGAAGGAGAAAUUGUGUGCUGGCCACAUACGCUGGCAUUGCUGCAAUCAUCCUGUUCUUUAAGCUGAAGCCCAAGAAACAGAAACAGAUUACAGCCAAGUAGUCAGUGGUUUGUUUUCGAUCUGCACUCUGUUGUACAGAGUGAAUUGGAAGCUGGCUUUACAUACAUGAAGAUGACAACCCUUCUGAACCCUACAUUUUCGACUUUAAAAUAAAUGGCAAAAAAGGCAAAA